UCAUUUGUCAUUUUGUAGAUUGUCAACAUUGAUGUUGACAUGUUUUGUGGUAGGUUAUUGCUGUUUAUUCUAGUUAUUUACAGACAUACAGUUGUCUGUGAAUAUGCUAUGAGCAUAUGCUUCAGUGAAUGAAAUCUGACUCUUGUUCUUAACCAAAAUCAAAAUCUCAGAAAUUAGAGAAACUGUUCUAGCACCAUUAACGUUACAAAAUGCUGCACAGACAUUAAAAGCAGUUUCUGCACAAGAAUGCAACAAAGUGUAUCAUGCAUUUGGACUAAAUGUAGCACUACAGCUCUAACAGCUGUUUUAGAAAGAGAUGCUUGAAACUCAUAAAAUGAUUCAAAAGAUUCUAUGAGAACAACAUCUCAAAGUGUUUAACAGCAGUGCAACAUCUGGAAGCUCUGAUAAUUUCUCAGGUAACAAACGUAAAAGAUGGUGGAAUUACCAAAUGAAAGAGGGCACACAGCAGGCAUGUGCAUGAUUGGUUUAAUUUCAGUUUUAUUAAUUGUAGGACAAGGAAUGGUGUUCUGUACAGAAGGCAUGAUGGAAACUGUAAUGUAUGUAGUUACAGGUUCUGCAAUUGGAAUAUUUACUGUUGGAUUGCUACAUGUUGCUUGGAGAACUUGUUUUUUGGCCGAAGAACUGUGCCAUAUUUCUGGACGAUACCCAGACAAAAAAUCUGCAGCACAGAAAGCAUAUGAAUUUAAUAUGAUUUCCUCAUGUGUUUGCAGCAUAUCUGCAAUAAUUGCAGUGCUUAUUUGGGUCAUAUUGGAAAACCCAUAUGUGUAUCUGUGGACUAAAGGGCCUGUUUCCAAUAUUAUUCCCUAUCUAGCAGGUUUCUGCUUUUCUAAGCUGAUUCAGAUGGAGGAAAGUGUAUUACAUACUUCUCUUCAAAUUGAAAGUAUGAAAAAUUUGGAUUAUGGAAGUGGAAUGGCAUAUAAUUAUUUCUAUGGAUAUUUGCGCUUGGUUCUUCCAGACCCAGAAGUAGGAACUCCAGGUGCUAAAGGUAUUAGAAAAAGAAUUGAAACUUUCAUGAACCAUCAUCGCCUUCUAAAAACUGCAUUCCCUGUAAGAAAGUUAUUUAUUUUAAUUCCUCGGAAUCUUUAUACACCCACAGACCUUAUGGAGGUUUCUACAGAUUGGCACAAUAGCACCAAUUACUGGAUGGAAGCUGCAAUGAGUUUGGAAACCCAAGAACUUGAUCGUGCUGGAGUAAAACAGAGAGUAUAUAAGAAUUCUGUGUAUAAAAUCUGGAAUAGAGACAGAUCAACGCUAUAUCCAGUUUAUGUAGUGGCUGAAGGUGCCACACCCUUAAAAACAUUUUAUGAUGUUAUAAAAAUGAAUCCAAAGAUGUCACGUGUUUUUAAAAAUCAUCAACAUGAAAUAGUAUCUGCAUUUUAUAAGACUCUACAAGACAUUCUUAGAGACAGUGAUGACUGUAGAGAUCUUUGUGAAAUUAUAUUCUAUGCAGAUACAGAUGAAAACCAGAGGAGAGUUAAUGUAGCAAGGAUAAUACUGGAAAGGAUAGAAAAAUUAACUAGGUGAGAUUCUAUACAUUGACAUAGCAGUUACAAGUGACAGCUGAAGACUUCCUGGUUUUGGUGGACAUAGUCAUUGGGGAAUGUUGUAUGUACGUGUGAUUAGAAUUAUUAGUAAAUUUACAGUUUUUUUGUAAAUUAAAUAAACAUACUUUUCCUGCCAUUCAGUUGUGAUGCCAGAGACAAACUUACACUUAUGUAGAUAAAAGGCAAAACUGUGUAUUAUACAGUUUCUAAUUUCCCACAUAGGGAAUAAUAUUAUAGCUUGCUGCUCAAGAAAACUAACAUUUGCUAUGAAUAUCUUAAAUCAGUUAUCUUUUUAUUAUGGUACAAACUCAAGCAUUUAAUGCAAUUUUAUUCUGGCAGAAAAGCUGGUCAUUUAUUUGUAUGUGUAUUUUUAGUGUUCCACUGUCAGUGAAAAUGAUACUAACUUUUAUCAGUCUGUUUUUAAUUAUAUGGUUAGUAUACCUAUGUGUGUAUAUGUGUAUAGUAGGGAACAAACAUUCUCCUUUGGAAUAUGCCAUCAGGAAAGUCAAAAAACUUCCAAAUUAUAUGUCAUGUUGAUAUUGAACACUAAUACUGAAAAUUGAUACAAAGAGUAUUUUGCAGAAAUUCAAUUAUUUAAGUGUGACAACAAUAAAUAGAGACUGUUAUUGGUGGUUGGAGUAUGUUAUCUGACAGUUCCAGUCUUAUUUAAUCUGAAUGCUCUUCAUGCUGUUGUUAUGCGAUGGAAAAAUCAAAGCUAUAUCUCUGUUCAUUUUGCCCCACCACAAAAUACUAGUGUAUAUACACAAUAGGCACAUCAGAUUUAGUAAAGAAGAUGUCAUAUGUCUGUUGAUCCUGUGGCAUAUGCACAUUAAAGAACCUGUCUUCCAGAACACUUCUUUUACCCAUAUAAUAUUGUAAAUAUUAUAUAAAUACAACAAUGUCUAUAAACAGACACAAUAAUGUCUAACGCAACAAUGGCUAUAAACAAAUACAACAAUGUCAAUCACAACACGUCACAAUAUGAUUAAAACAAACUUAAAGUAUUUGUAGCUAGCAUGAAUGAGAUUAAGAAAAUUCAAUUUUAAAAGACUUCUCUUAACUAAAACAAGGUACCACUUUUUAACAUUUGAAAUACAUAUAUAGAAAUAUGUAAUUAUCAGUACCUCAGAAAUGAAAAUAUAAUGAAUUUUGAUGAACAUGCUACAGUAUAUUCACUGAUAAACUAGAAUGCAGUUGUCACUUCAGGCUCCUGGCAGGAAUUGCCUGACUAACCACCAAGCUCUACAAGAUUUUCCCAAUAUUAGUUAAGUACUGCACUAUAAAAACAAUAAAAUCAAUUAUAAGAGGUACUUAAAUUGAUGGGCCAGUAACAGUUGCAUUCUAGUUUAUAAGUGAACACACUGGAAAUAAAUGAAGUUAUAAAUACAUAUUUUAAAUGUUAUCUUUUUCACUGGCCAGAUGGCUAGUUAGGAGAAAAUCAAAAUAUAUGUUGCUCAAAAUAAUUUUGACAGGUGUAACUGAAUUUACGUAGAAAAUGUUUAAAAUCAAUUUUACAAUCCUAUGUGAAGGAAUCCUAUAAGAAAACAGUUAUUACUGAAUUGAGUGUGUCUGUAAUAUGUUUGUUUAGGUGUUAUUCUCACUGUAGUGUGAGCGAAGAACACUAUGUAGGCCUGCCCAUGCCUGUUUGUUUUGCAUUUUUCCUAUGUAGACAGGGACCCUGUGUAAUUAGAGGUUCAGUGCUGUGUGACCAUGGCCUUAGAUUGUAUUAAUGGAAGAAUUACCUGAGGCACAGUGCCCCCUGCAUUAGUGCAACAAUGAUGUACGUAGUGUGGCACAUCUUUAGAAUGACCCAACAUGCUCAUGUCUGAAAGCAGCACAAACAGUGGAUCACCUCAUCUACGACUGCGAAAAACUACAAUAACCAAGGCGUAACUUAAUAGAUGCAAUAGUCAAGAAUGGUGGCACAUGGCCAGUGUUGCAUGAAGCACUUGUUCAGCAAUAUUUAGGACAUUUUAAUACAUUCAUUAAGUCCAUUGAUUUUAAUACAGUUUAGCACAGGAACAUAAGUGCAAACAGUGACAAUGUAUCGUGACAUUACAGUUGUACAAUCUGUUAAAGUUUUUUAUAUUAAUGCAUGUAAUAUUGCAGUCUUGUAAUGGGGCAUGCUGAAUAAAUGUUUAUGUAAAAAGAAUGCUGAGCCUUGUUAUGAAAUGAUAUCUAUAAAAUAAGGAAGUACUGGUUGUGAUCAUUUGCUGUUAAGGGAUUUUGUUCCUUAUGGGAUAACAUUUUAUUAGUGUGCAUUAAAUGACAUUAAAUUACCAUUAUAACUAUGACAAAGUUAUAUGUGAUGAAAGGUGUGUACAAGAAAAGAAAACUAAAUUAAUAAAAGUAAUAACAAGGGUAAGCAGAAUAUGUAAGUGUAAAAUGUGAAGCAAUGUAAAGAGACAGUGUUGUGUUACUUUAGGUUGGUAUUCUUGAUUGGAACAGAGGUAGAGGCACCUAUUUGCACAGCAAGGGGCUGCAAUGUUUGAAGUUUUGUUCUGGGUAUUAAAAUGCCUACUUUUUUCUUUUGUUUUUUACUUUACUUCACAUUGUAUAGUGACAAUGGUUUUAUUUUUGGGAAACUUUUAUUAUUUCAUGAAGUGUUUUUAGAGAAGAUGUUUUAUUAUGAUGUAGUAAUGUACACCAUGUGUUUCAUUUCUAAUCUCAAAUUUGUGUUAUAGAAGUGUGUAAAAUUUUAAACAGAUAUUUGUAAAGAUUGUUUUAAUAAUAAAGAAUUACCAGACAUGUCAUGAU